UCUUGCAGAUACUGCUAUGCAGUGGCCACCACUUCUUUUGAGCUGCGUGGUCAUAGUGACCACAUCCAUGAUUGAGGCGUACAGCUUGCAGAGAAAAAAUGUCUGGUCACCGAGCAGAGCGGCCGUUUGGCUUUCGCCCCUUCUUCAGUCGGAACCAGAAUUAGCACACCAAUACACCAAUAACGAAAUCGAAAGUGAUACAGGUUCUGAUCCAGAGUCCGUGGUGAUGGAGCAGAUAGCCAAAAGGGCGUUCACCACGAUUAGUAGGUGGCAACCGAGCCAGAAAGAAGAGCAACGAAUGAGGACCAGGUCACUGGUUUCCCUGAUCCCGAGCUUCAACAUUUUAGCUUCCAUCCAGAGGAAAACGCGGCAAGGGGCUCAAGAAAAGUACCGAAGACCCAUAGGACUGCCCCUCAGAUGGGGCUGACCCCGGAAUAAAAGAGCCCUCCAGAAUCGAAAACUCCGCUGAAUUACACUUUUCUUAUUAGUUUUAGCAUCUAGUUUUAUCUUCGUAAGAAACUCUGUUUAACUGGAUUUGGUACCUCAAUUGUUAAACGAAUUAUUGUGCAAUAUUACUAGCUACAACGCAGACAUCUGGAAGCUACCUGACAUCUCCAAAGUCAAUAAAUCUAGUCCUUAAACAUAAUAUCAUCACUCCGACUGAUAUGAUACAUUAUUACACCUAAUUUUCAAUUAAAGAAGAAAACAUUUAUUGUUGACUGUACCAUGUAUACUUAUUAACAGAUCAUAGGUAGUAAUUGAACCUUAUUGAUUUAUCAGCAAUGCAGGCUGAAUUUCCCCAAAAAAAUCGUAGCAUGCAUUUUACAAAUAUAGUUCCGUAUCAUCUAACCAUGUUCGUAAAAAUUUCAACCAUUAAUUUUUUUCUUUGCGUCCAAUUCCAAACUUUUUCAUAUUCGGCAAUAUGCUUACGUUGACUGCUCACAGUCUAUUUGUCUAAGUUUACACCAUCAAGCAGUAUGACCAUGUGUACCUUGUCCUUCGUUGUUUCUGAGGAGCAGGUUUUGUCCGAACACUUUUUUUUUUAGAAGAAAUAGCAAAUUUUAGCCAA